AGAAUGGUGUAACAAACGGAUCUCUCUACAAAAAAACAUUUAUUGAGCACUUUGAACAAGCACCAAUGUAUGUUGCUGUUCUUACGUUUGUGGGUUUUGGAGUGGGCACAAUAUUUGGCUACCUGCGAGAUUUUAUGAGAGCCUGGGGACUAGAAAAACGUAAUGUUGCACAGGAGAGAGAACAACAAAAAGAUUUUGUGCCACUUUAUCAAGAUUUUGAGAACUUUUACACCAGAAACCUCUAUAUGAGAAUACGUGAUAACUGGAAUCGUCCAAUUUGCAGUGUCCCAGGGCCGCAGUUUGACCUCAUGGAACGCGUUACAGAUGAUUACAACUGGACAUUUAGGUUUACAGGAAGAACCAUCAAGAAUGUAAUCAAUAUGGGUUCUUAUAACUACCUCGGCUUCGCAGAAACAGAUCCUAAUGCUUUGAAAACUGUAACCAAAGAGCUACAAAAAUAUGGAACAGGAAUCUGCAGUACUAGACAAGAAAUGGGGACCCUAGACAAGCAUGUAGAACUAGAGAAUCUUGUGGCCAAGUUCCUAGGUGUGGAAGAUGCUAUGGUGUUCGGCAUGGGAUUUGCAACAAAUUCAAUGAAUAUUCCAGCACUUGUUGGAAAAGGUUGCCUCAUUUUAAGCGAUGAAUUGAACCACACUUCUCUCGUUCUUGGUGCAAGGCUUUCAGGUGCUACUAUUAGAAUCUUCAAGCAUAAUAAUAUGCAGAGUCUUGAGAAGCUAUUGAGAGAUGCAAUAAUAUAUGGCCAGCCUCGAAGCCGCAGAGCAUGGAGAAAAAUUAUCAUCCUUGUGGAAGGCAUUUACAGGUAUGUGCAUUUUAAACGCCUGAGUGUUCUUUAUCGCUUCUGA